AUGCCAUUAUUCUUCCAUCAUCUCCGGUUUGAACUCUACUUGGAAGAUAAUACGCCACCGAUUACCGACAUCUUUGAAGAUUUAUCAGACCUUGCCCCGAGCUCUGCGGCUGACCUCCGGCACCCACCAACACAAGCGACGUCUGCAAUCUCGGAUUGGCGGUUUGGAACAGUUGGCGUUGUAUCGUGUGAUCCUGGUAAAGAAAAUCACCAAAUGUCAACAAGUGAAUCGAGCAAAUCCGCCGUGCCAGCUGCGCCAACCUUGGGACCAACCUUUUCCGGGCCUGGCACAUCAACAAAGGCCAAAUGUUUGCCACUGGGCUCGUUGAGUGCUGGCAUAGGCUGGGGGAUAGUUCACUUCUACAGAGACGAGGAUGAGACCCCGCGUCUUUCCCUCACAGACGGUGCAGACGAAGAUGAGAUUGACCUGAGCAACUUGGACUGUACCACAGUCUGUGUUCCAGCAGUCCCGACGUACAUGUCGCCAGGUGACUUUUUGGGAUUUGUUGGAGAGAAAUGGCGAAGCCAGAUAUCGCACUGUCGCUUGGUCAUGACAUCUACCAUGAACAGGUAUUUAGCGCUUUUGAAAUUCAGAGAUAACAGAUCUGCGAAAGAAUGGAAACGAGAAUUUGACGGCCAAGUGUUCAACACGAUGGAGCCGCAACUAUGCCACGUCGCCUUUGUCAAAACAAUCACCUUUACCUACCCAACAGCUAUUAAAAAAAAUGAUACGACUGCCUCCUCAUCUUCCACAGCCGUUUCUACAAGCUACAAGCCGUUUCCACCGCCGACUCCGAAUCUGAUUGAACUUCCUACGUGCCCAGUCUGCCUGGAACGAAUGGAUGAGACCAGCGGCUUAAUGACGAUACCAUGCUCUCACGUCUUCCACUGCGACUGCCUACAAAAUUGGAAAGGCGCAGGUUGUCCGGUUUGCCGGUUUACUAGCGUCUCCCAAGGCUCCAUUAGCGAUCCAUCGAAUCCGUAUGGCCAGCCGUUUGGAUCAUCCGUGUCCAAUCUUUGCACCGUGUGCGAUACUUCCGAGGAUCUGUGGAUUUGUCUAAUCUGUGGAUAUGUGGGAUGCGGGAGAUAUAAAGGUGGCCAUGCCAAGGACCACUGGAAAGAAUCUGCCCACACCUUUGCGCUUGAGUUGGAGACGCAAUACGUCUGGGACUAUGCUGGAGAUAUGUGGGUUCAUCGCCUUAUUCGAGACAAGGGCGAUGGUAAGGUUGUCGAGCUCCCGUCGAGAAAUGAUCGAGGAGGAGGAGCCCAGUAUGAUGAGGAUGUGGUUCCUCGCGCCAAGCUGGAGAACAUUGGUAUCGAAUACACCCAUCUUAUCACGAGCCAGCUGGAAUCCCAAAGGGCGUAUUACGAAGACAUGAUUAAGAAGAUUGUGGAAAAGGCAUCCAAGGCAUCGGCUGCGGCCGACAAGACAAUGGCUAAAGCGUCUGCUACUGCCGAUGAGCUCUCUGCUGUGAAUGAAAAGUUUCAGUUACUGCAAACAGAGACUGUCCCCCAGAUGGAACGAGACUUGGAACGGGAGAAGAACAAGGCUACCAAGGGUGAAAAUCUUGCCCGGAGCCUGGGAAAAUCGUUACAAGAAGAGAAGAAGCUUAAUGAAGGAUUGAUGAAGCGAAUCGAACAUUUGGGAACAGACAGCGAGACGACGAAGAAGCAAUUGGAGGCUUUGCAACGAGAGGUUGCCGAGCUGAAAGAAAUGAAUCAUGACCUGACGAUGUUUAUAUCAGGACAGGAGAAGUUGAAGGAAAUGGAGAGACAAGGGCAACUAGAGCAAGGCGAAGUUGAGAGUGGCAGUGCCAGUGUUCCGGAGAAGAAGGCGCGGAAGCGAGGCAAGAAAUGA